AUGGAAGGGAUCCAGGUCCAUGCUGAUCCCGCCGGGUUGAAGGGCAUGUGCUGCUACAGCCUGUGGCCCAUUGCGAAGGACCAGGUGUUCUUCGAAGAGGAGCCGCUAUCUAUGUCUCGUGUGAUGAUGGCAGAGGAGCCCCUCGGCAGUCUAGCCGAUCGUCCAUUGCAGGCUCGGUGCGUCUGCUGGGCGACGUUCGCAAUGGCAUGGGCGCAGCUCCGGCUGUCUCAGGAUUGUGGUGUGAAGAAAGUCAGGACUACUUCCAGAUCCCCAGAGAUGGCGCGCAGUGAGACGGCGUUCUGA